UAUUGUGUUUUUCGUCAAACGUAGAAAAUCAUAGCCAAUGAUCCGUGUUAACAAGUGUCUAUCGUAGUGCCCGUUCCGACACUCGAGCCCAAUGCUGUUUGAGCGGCUGCUGGUUUCCCCGAGCUAAAAGUAGAAAAGAAAAUGUCCGAAAAUAUGUAUCGUCCGGGCCAGCCAUACCAGUUUUUUGCACAGGAGAUGCAAGAAGCCAAUUAUCAUUACAGCAUGGGUUUAAAUCCACAAGACACAUUCUUGGGCCGUCAUUCGCCACAAAGAGAAGAAAAUGUCUAUGUAAUGGCACCAUUUGGUUAUGCACAGGAAACACGACCAACAACACCAACACCAAAUUAUGUUCCUUAUUCAGGACCUAUUCCAUUCUUUGGUUUUGAACAGCAGGACUUAGCGCCAGAGAAAAAAACUUGUUCAUUAGCUCCACAGAAAUAUCAAGAGUUACUGCCUGCAUUUGGCACGGAGGAAGAUCCAUUAGGAGAUAAGUACAGAGCUAAUAAAUUAAAGAGGAAGUACACAAAUAAUUCAAGAAGUAGGAGCAGAGAUAAAGCUGAAAUACAUAGCCCACAUGUGAAAGACCGGGCUAUGGAAAAGAACAACGAUGUAUCAUAUUCGAGAGGCCACAGCAGAAAUAGAGAGCCAAAACAAAAGUUUUCAGAUGAAGCAAUACAUACAAACAGAGCCCUGAACAACUACUACAACUACAACAUGUACAACAGCACUAACAAAUAUAACAACUACAACAGCAGCUACAACAGCACCUACAGUAACAGCAACAACAACUACAGCAGCAGUAACAAUGGCAACAACAACAAGAAAUGUUACCUGAAAGGUCACAGCAGAAAUGAAUCACCAAAGUUGAACUGUUCAGUUGAAGAAAUCGUGGGUAAUAGAAAAAUCACUGGUCAAAAUAAUUCCGGGAGUGGAAGUAGAAGUGCAAGUGAAAGUAGAAGUAAGAACAAAAGCCAAAGCCCACAAUAUGAUCGUGUUUCACAGAAAGAGUUAAAACAAAAAAAGACUGUGCAUUUAGUAGAUAAGAGCACAUCAAGCCAUGAUCAGAGCCCAAAUAAAUUGCAGAGAAAAAGGGAGAAGCAAAAGAUGUCUUCUGAAAGUGGAGUAAUGAAGAAUUCGAUCCAGCAGCCAAUAGAAAACAAAAAUAGAAAUGAAAUGAAUGGAAACCAAAACACGCCUUCUGAGAGUAAGGCUGCAAAUACAAGCACACAGUCAAUAGCGAACAAAAGAGGAAAUGAGAUGCAUACUAGAACACAAACGCCAUUUUAUGACUAUUCGACCAAGAUGAAGCCUCCUUGGCAACCUGAUAAAGUCAUAAUUGACAUGCAAAAAAAUUCUAGAUACGAUCAAUCAAGAAAUGAACAUAAGACCCUACCGAGAAUACCGGUGCCUUUGCUUGAUGAAGGAUUUGAUGCACAUUCAGAACUACAACCGUGGCCUUCACAAAAACCAAAGGAAGUACAAAAAUUUAUUCCUCCUAAUCUGAUGAAGAAGAUGCGUGGACAAAGGAAACAAGCUGAUACAAAUCUGAAGCAAACUGAGCCGAAAGGGGUUUAUGAUGGUCCAAAUUGGACGUAUGAAGUGAUCCAACUUGCCAAGCCUGCAGGUAUAUAUGAAAAAUCAACUAAAUGGUCUUACAAUAGACCAUCAGAUGUACAUCUAACAGUAGGCAAUAUGAGUAUGGCUACUUCAACUACUGAUAUGACAAACUCCCAAGGUGUACAUUUACCUUCUAUUUCACAAAGUCAAGGAAUAUCAGCUGGAAUACAUUUACCUUUUCCAUCACAUUUCGGAGGCGAGGUGCAAGAUUUUUUCCCGCCUGACUUCUAUUGGGAAAAUGAAAAUUACAAUAUAUCAGAUACACACGGACGACACGAGCUACCUCGUGAAAGAAAUUGUCAAGGAAUGUCUGAAGAAUGGGAAGCUAGAAAUAUUCAUGAAGAAAAGAAUGGAAAACCUUUGAUACGACUUAGAGAUGUCAAUGAAGAUGCGGAGCCUGCUUUUCUAAGACCAGACAUUGGUGUCUAUAGACGGAGAGAAUUGGAUCCAAUUGAAGAAUACGGCCGAACAAAAGGCAUUCAAAAGAAAAUAAAAGUCACCAAUUUCAAGAAAGAUGAUAAAAAAAUUGUCUAUGAUCCUCGGUUUCGAACAGUUGAUCCUUGUAACAGGCUCAAUCCUCCAUAUUCAAAACACGUUACGAAAAGGGAAUUGCCACCACCGCGAGCAAAUAUGGAUUCACCGAAGAAAAAAGAUCAAAUUCAAUCAACUUCUGAGCAAUUAAAGCGAAAGGAGCCUAGACCUGAAAUGGAUUUCACUGGCAAAAAAUUCCUUCGGGCUGUUUUACCAUGUAAUGAUCGCAAUUUCCGUGUACCUAAGGGAGCUCACCCAGAGCUUUUAAUGGAACACCGAAACUUUUGCCAAAAGCCUUAUCGUGAACCAGUAGUGCUUUGUGAUGCAGCUGCCAUGGCCAACAUUGGACGUCAUCUCAUUUGGUCCGAAGAUAACCAACAAAGUCCAUGUGAACUUCGAACAACAGUGGCGCCUAAAGAGGACAAGAAAAUGAUAAAGUUUCAGAUUUUAGAAGGCGGAAUUUACAAAGCAGAUACUGCAGCUCAAACUGCGGAGACUGUCAACAGGGUAAUAUUAUGUAUAUAA